GGCGGGCGCGGCGGGCGCGGCGGCCCCGGGCGCGGAUGGACAUGGGCUCGCAGGGCUCGGGGCGCAGGCGGCCCCCCACCCGGGAGCGGCUGACGGCGGAGGACGACGCGCUGAACCAGAUCGCGCGCGAGGCGGAGGCCAGGCUGGCCGCGAAGCGUGCGGCCCGCGCCGAGGCUCGAGAGAUCCGGAUGAAGGAGCUGGAGCGGCAGCAGAAGGAGAUCUAUCAGGUUCAAAAGAAAUACUAUGGGCUGGACACAAAAUGGGGUGACAUCGAGCAGUGGAUGGAAGACAGUGAGCGCUAUUCGCGUAGAUCCAGAAGAAACACAUCGGCUUCUGACGAAGAUGAGCGCAUGUCAGUGGGUAGUCGUGGAAGUCUGAGGUUGCAGCCUGACUCGGAGUAUGGGGGUCCUUACGCCUGGACAAAUGGUUAUGACGGAGACUUAUAUGGAUCACAGUCCCUGGGCAGAAGAUCGGGCAGGAAUUCCAGCUACAGCGGGGAGGGCAGAUUCUCUGCUUUGUCAUCAUCCAGAGAGGAGACGUUGGGACUCUGUGGCUCCGACCUCGGGCCUCCCGGUGGCGGCCUUGCUCCCAAACCCCUGUCUGUCCGGACUGGAAGCCGGCCCUCCUAUCUGUACAGCGCUGCCCGGCCUGCGGGGAGUUACCGGGCGUCCGUGUUCGACGACGGCGGCCUCGGCCUCGGCGGGGCCCGGCGGGGCAGUGCCUGCGGUUCCUAUGCUCCCUCGGAGCACGGCGGCCACCUCAACUCCAGCUCCCGAGCCUCGUCCAGAGCCAGCUCGGCGCGGGCCAGCCCGGUGGUUGAAGAGAGACCAGAAAAGGAUUUCACCGAGAAGGGGUCUCGGAGCCUGCCCGGCCUGUCCGCAGCCACCCUGGCCUCCCUGGGCGGGACGUCCUCUCGGAGGGGAAGCGGGGACACCUCCAUCUCUGUGGACACAGAGGCAUCCAUCAGGGAAAUCAAGGAACUGAGUGAGUUGAAGGACCAGAUUCAGGACGUAGAAGGCAAAUAUAUGCAGGGGUUGAAAGAGAUGAAGGACUCGCUGGCAGAAGUUGAAGAGAAGUAUAAGAAGGCUAUGGUUUCUAAUGCUCAGCUAGACAAUGAAAAGACGAAUUUCAUGUACCAGGUUGAUACCCUAAAGGAUAUGUUGCUAGAGCUCGAAGAGCAGCUGGCUGAGUCCAGGCGGCAGUACGAAGACAAAAGCAAAGAGUUUGAGAGGGAAAAGCACGCCCACAGCAUCCUGCAGUUCCAGUUUGCUGAAGUGAAAGAGGCCCUGAAGCAAAGGGAAGAAAUGCUCGAGGAAAUCCGACAGCUACAGCAGAAGCAGGCGAGUUAUAUCAGGGAGAUUUCUGAUCUUCAGGAAACAAUAGAGUGGAAAGACAAGAAGAUAGGGGCUUUAGAGAGGCAGAAAGAGUUCUUUGAUUCCAUAAGGAGUGACCGAGACGAUCUUAGAGAAGAAGUAGUCAUGCUGAAAGAGGAACUAAAGAAACAUGGAAUAGUCCUAAAUUCAGACAUAGCUACCAACGGGGAGACUUCAGAAACUCUAAAUAACGUUGGACACCAAGGUCCAUCCAAGAUAACGAAAGAAGAGUUAAAUGCCCUCAAGACGACGGGGGACGGGACGCUAGGAAGAGCCAGUGAAGUGGAGGUGAAAAGUGAAAUUGUGGAGAAUGUGGGGAAAAGAGAAAUCUUGCAGAAUUCUGAGCAAGAACAGCACAGAGAGGACCCAGCCCAGGAGUGUGUGGACACAGAGGUGCUCCAUCCUGGUGAAAAUGCCGAGGACCAGAAAGCCUCUGAAGACAGUGCCCCCUCUCUAGGAGUAUUAGCAGAUGCUACGAAUGAGGAGCAGGCUCAAAACCAGAUUCUAGAGAACGCCUCCUUCCUUGAAAAUACAGCUCAGGUUGAGUCCAAUGAGGUCACAGGCACACCAGAUGAUAGGACUGGGGCUCCCCUUGAGCAGUCCGAAUGUUUGAGUGAAUUAGUUGAUGAAAUCCCAGGUCCUGGGAGUGGGCAGGACAGUUGCAAUGCCUCAGAUAUCAAAAAACAAAGUAAAGAAUCUGCGGAAAAACAGGAAGAUUUGAAAACCAGCUUGGGAGAGGAUAGCACAAAGCCUUGUCAAGAAUCUGCUCCUCUGCAAACAUCUGAAGUUGGAGGGCUGGACAGUGCAGACCCUGGGGAGCAAGGUGGGAGCCCCACAGAGGGUGUGGUAGAGGCAGGGCUAAUGGGGCUUGGGGAGCAGGUGGGCACAGGAGCCUCCGGGCCUCCAACGUAUAACAAUGACAACAUGAGCCAUGAUGAGGAGUGUGCAGCAGAAGCCCACACAGAGUUAGACACAAGCACAGGGCAUGCUCUAGACAAAGAGCUCUCCAGGCAGGAAGCUGCAGAGCCCCCAGAGCUCCCAGGUCAGAGGGCAGCAGUAGAUGAGGAGAAUGAUGAAAAGGAGGAUGAGGAAAGGGGGUUGAGGGAUGAGGAACCAGGCCAGACAGAAGUGCAGGAUGUUCCUUGUUGCCCGGCGGCUGAAAGCAGUCCUCAGGGAGCAACAGGCCUAGCUGUGCCAGAUGCCAAAAGCAAGCCCCUGGUUACGAAGGAACCUGAGGAAGAAAAGAGUGACCAAAAGGGAGACGCACUGGCUUCAUCACAGAAGAAGAUAAAGAACAAGAAGAAGAAAAACAAGAAAAAAUCACCGGCACCUGUAGAAACCCUUCAAGAUGCUAAGAAAGAGUUAACGUUUCAGAACUCAGAUGGAAGUGAGGUGAAGGAAGGAGAGCAUGCAGCUCUCAGUGACACAAAACCAGUUGUAAAAACACAAAAUGAGGUACCUGAAAGUCCAAAGGAGAAAAACAUAUCAGGAAGCAGUGAAAAGAUUGAUUGUCCAGAAAAUCUGAAAAUUGAGUUGGCUGAGAAACUUGACCAAGAAGAUAAUGAUGUAAACACUAAGAAGGGGGGGAAAACAGCUGAUGGCGACACAUUAGGUUUGAGGGGUGACACAACCCAGUCAUCAGACAUGAGUGCCAGCGAUAAGGAGCUAGAUGAAGCCGUUAGGAAAGAUGAUGCUAAGGAAGAUGGCGCCGCUCACAGCAGUGCUCCAGAACCAGGCCAUGGAGGAGCGUCCAGCAGCGCCCUGCCGGAGAAUGAAGGUCCCUUCAAGGACACUGACGAUGCUCCUCAAACAGGAAGUACAGAGCAGCAUGAGACGGCAGAGGGUCCCAGUCAGAUAGUCGGGAAGGCCGUAGGAAAUGAUCACGUAGCAUCCGCAGGAGAGUUGGGAGCCUCCAACUCAGAAGGCAGAGACAAGCCGAGAGGCGGAAGCGAGAAGGGCAAAAGCAAUGAAGAGUGUACCAUGUCCUAAGUGGGCAGGGCCAAGGACUGCACAGGAAGUCCAGCUGUCAGAGGCCCAUCUGCUGUCUCCCCGGGCGAGGUUCCCAAAAUGCUCCUCAUUCAUCUAGAUGCACCAUAGGACAAUCAACCGCCGAGCUGCCUAGCACGCUGAGUAUAGACUGUUACCUGUAGACGUAUACUCUUCCUCAUUAAAGUUAUCACCCAGAUCAGAAAGAAAGGCACGUCUGUAAUCGGUAGACGUUCCAACUGAGAGCAGUCCGGCAGUGUCCAGCGAGAGCGUACGCGUCCUAUUCCUGCUUACAACCCAAAUGAAGCUAUUUAGCAUUUGCCUUAGGCCGAUAUUCUUGACCAAAUACAUCAGCAUCCAACUGAAAUGACCAAAUGGCAUUCUGAGAUUUGUGAGUAUAGUCGAUACUUAAUGUGUCUCAUUCAAAUAUAUGUACUCUGACAUUUGAUUUUGAUGUGUACGUUAUAACCUAUAUGGUAUUUUGUUCUAAAAGGAGAUAAGUGGUCAAAUAGCGUAUAGGUCAAUGAGUUAUGAUAAGAUUUGCACCUUAGGACAGUAAUUAAUCAUGUUAGGGAUAAGAAAUAAAUAUCUUCAAGCACUGGGAGAUCUUCCUUCCCUUUACCUCAUAGAAGCCUUUUAUCUCAGUCUGAUACCUUUUGAUCUCAUUGUUGAUGAUGCCUGAAUUUAUUUUGUAGAUUUUUGACUUCACUUUGUGCUGAUUAUAAUGUACUAAAGUCAUUUUAUACAAAGAUUUUUUUUCUAAUUUGUUUCUGGAAGAGACAUACGUUGAAAUUGCACUUCCUAGUGCAGCAUUUGUGCAGGGGGACCAUUUCUAAAAUUUAUUUUUUUAAUUUUAAAAUUACUUCGCUUUCUAUAUGUGUGUUAUUGAAAAGAAAAAUACAAAAAGGUACCGUUCUUGUGCAAACUGCUAAUUGGACUAUAACAGGAUAUUUUAAAUAGGUGAAUCACUUUCGGUAUUUUGGUAUAAAUAUUUUCAUUUGUUGUAUCUCAUUAUAUUCUUAUUGGAAAAUUCUUCAUUUGCUCUUCCUGAAGGAAAUAUAUCUUUUCUAUAUAAGGAAGCAUUUUUAAAGAUAAUUGUAAAGUUCAAUAAAAAGAAUGAUUGUAAAAUAUUAAAAUCACAAAGGACUGUACAUGAUGAAUGCUGUUGACACUUUAUGAGAUUAUAUGAAUUCAUAUCACUGUUACAAGGUAUAAUUGAAUGCAAAAAAAGACCAAAACCUCAAUAAAAUUUGAGGCAAGCCUAAGUGUUAUUAUGUAAUUGAAAUAAAAACAUUUUAUAAUUUUA